AUGAAGAUUCUUGCAUGGAAUGGUAGGGGUUUAAAAUCAGCGGACUCCCCUACGAUUCCGUACUUGGGAUGGCUAGUCCGCAGUUGUCAACCUCAAAUCCUUUUUUUGUCUGAAACUAAAGUGGAUGGUAGCUUUGUUAACAAGUUAGCCUUGUAUUUAGGGUUCCCUAAUGCUGCCACAAUAGAUAGUAUAAAUAAUGCAGGUGGCUUAGCUCUUCUUUGGAGCAAUUAUGUAAAUUUAGAUCUUAAGGCUAGCACUUCUAACUAUUUUGCUUGUAUCAUCAACGAUGUAGUUGAUGAGAAUGUUUAUAUAUGGAACCUUAUUUUGUUGUAUGGGUCGCCUUAUUUGGAAAGUAGAGGGGUGGUAUGGGAUAUGAUAUCAAAUUAUGUAAAUAGUAAUCCAAUUGACACACUCAUCAUGGGAGACUUCAAUCAAAUUGAGUUUCUCAGUCAAAAAAUGGGUGGAUCCACCUGCAUUCAGGGCAAAGAGACUUUUUCACUAUGGAGAACACAGCUUGGGCUUUCAGAAAUUAAUUUCCAAGGGCAAAACUUCACUUGGUGUAAUAACCGAUCAGGAUCAGAUCGAGUUUAUGAGCAUCUGGAUAGGGCCUAUGCUACCGAAAAUUGGAUGCAUAAAUACUCAAAUGCAAUGGUAUUGAACAUGCCGAUCCUUAUUUCUGAUCAUAGCCCGAUUCUGCUUAUCUCGUCGCCAAUUGCUCCAAGAAAGAAGUCCCCUAUCAAAAUGGAAGCCUGGUGCUUUGAGUUCAGGGAAGUAGAAAAUAUUAUAACUAACCACUGGAAGGCCUCCUGGAGCGGUUCGCCGAUGUAUGUGGUAGCGCAGAAGUGUCGGAGCGUGAGAUUCAAACUAUUUCAGUGGUGCAAGAAUUAUAAGAUUGAGAAUAGUAUAAAUUGGGAGAAAUUUCUCUCCAAAUGCGGGAAGAUACAAGCUUCAUUACCCCACAGGGAUGAGGGUGAUUUGGAUGAAAAAGUUCAACACGAGAGCAUUAGAGACUUGGAUGUGCAGCUAAAGUUCUGGCAACAACGAGCGAAAAGCAAAUGGAAGGCAUGGGAAGAUUCUAAUUCCAAGUGGUUUUUUCGAAAGGCUAAAGGGCGUAAGCAACGAAAUGAAAUUCUACUGCUUAAGAAUUCGGCGGGAAGAUGGAUUUCGGAAAAACAAGAUAUCCAGAAUGAAUUUCUUGGCUAUUUCUCGAGCAUUUUCCAAGGAACACAGCAUAACCAGGAAUUCUGGGAUGAACUGGUUCAGAUUCAACAUUUGGUGCCGAGGAUUGAUCCGUUGUUUAGAGAUGACCUUAUUAAACCGGUCACGCGAGAAGAAGUCAGAAAUGUGGUUUUUCAAAUGGGGAGUCUUAAAGCUCCGGGGCCGGACGGUAUUCCUGCCAUUUUCUAUCAGAAGCAUUGGGCGAUUGUCGGGGAAGAUAUAUAUAGUGCGGUUUCUCAUUUCUUCUCCACUGGGUUCUUGCUUCAUGAAUGGAAUCUGACCAAUAUCUGCCUGAUCCCUAAAAGAGAGCGUCCGGAAGAAGCAAGUCAAUUUAGACCUAUCAGCUUAUGCAACGUAAUAUACAAAAUAAUAUCGAAAAUAAUUGCGACCCGACUAAAACCGAUUUUGAAGACCAUUGUGACGCCUUAUCAGAAUGCGUUUGUCCCAGGGAGAUUGAUCUCAGACAACUGUCUCAUUGCACAUGAACUUAUCAAUCUAAUCAGACAGCGCAAAACAGGUACGCAGUACUUGGCAGCUCUUAAAAUUGACAUGUUCAAGGCCUAUGAUAAAGUAGACUGGGACUUCCUGUACUGGCUCCUGUCACAAAUGGGAUUCCCGGCAUUGUAUCGACAUUGGAUAAUGCAAUGUGUCACUACAGUCUCUUAUGCGAUCCUUGUCAAUGGUGAACCGAUCAGAAGGUUCAAGCCGACAUGCGGUCUCAGACAGGGUGACCCUCUUUCUUCUUAUUUGUUCAUUCUGAUAAUGGAUAUGCUGUCUAGAUUGUUGCUGCAUGGAGUUAGUUCUAACAAAUUCCAUGGCAUUAAACUCUCUAGAUCUAGUCCGGUUUUAUCUCACCUUUUCUUCGCAGAUGACUCACUAAUCUUUUUCAAAGCAACUCCGGAAGCCUGUGCAGAGGUUAAGAAUAUCCUGGCAUAUUUUAGCAGGUUAUCAGGUGAGGUGAUCAACUACAGCAAAUCACACAUUAUGUUUAGUCCAAACACACCCUUAAGGUUCAAGAGAUUUAUGAGGAGCAUUGUGGGCACCCCCUCUGAAGAGUCGUUAGGCAAAUAUUUAGGUUGCGACAUUGAAGUGGAUGGUAGAAGUUCUAGAAAGUUUCUACCUUUGGUGGAAAAGGUGGAAAAAAGGGUUUCUAGUUGGAAAUACCUCACGUUGUCCCAUGCAGGGAGAGUCAUAUAUAUCAAUAGUAUCCUAUCUAUGCUAAGUCUUCACAUCCUGAGUGUUUUCCUUAUUCCAAAGGCUAUGGCUGAAAAGAUCAACUCGAUUUUUGCUAGAUUCCUUUGGACAAGCUCAAGUACCACUAACCCUAUAUUUUGGAGAAGUAAGAGAAUCACUGAAUUACCGAAAGGAGGCGGAGGACUCGGCAUAAGAAAUGUCCAUCUAUUCAAUAAAGCCCUUCUUGCAAAACAGGCAAUCAAAAUUCAUAACUCAGGCCAUUCCCUGAUUUCUCAGGUCCUCUUAGCCAAAUAUAAGGAUUCCCCGGUUAAUAUUGUUCUAAAAAAGAAGAAACUAAGUAGGGCUUCUUGGGGCUUCAGGGGUCUCUGUAGAGCCAUCCAAGAUUGCUGGGAAGGGUUUACAAGUCAAAUUGGCAAUGGUGCAGGCACUAAUAUUGAAACAGAUAAAUGGCUUAAAGGAGGGCCAAUUAAUGUGAAAACUGGGAUAAACCUAUCAGACAUGGGUUUACUAAAGGUCAAGGAUCUGCUCGCCUCGAAUCAGAAAGCAUGGAACCCUACGCUCAUCUGGAGAUGCUUCAGCUCGGAAUCCGCAAUCCGGAUUUUAGCCACACACAUUCCGGAAGAAGAUGUGCAUGACAGAUUUGUUUGGAGCGAGACCAAUUAUGAUAUUCCAAGAGUUAAGGAUGUUUACGCUUUCUAUCUGUCCAAAAAAGGGGAAUUGAAUUUAUCCCAGGAAAAUAGGCGUUUCUGGAACAAACUCUGGGCAUCCGACCUCAAGCCUAAAUGGAAGUUUUUCACUUGGAGACUCUUGAAUAAAGCUCUGCCUACAAACUCCAAUCUGGUAAAAAGAAAUGUUUCAGUACAGGAGAAUUGUCCGCUCUGUAAGCAAUACAUAGAGAAUGAAAGUCACUUGUUCAGAGAUUGUGAUAUAUCAUCUCGUGUUUGGGCAGCCUCGGUGUUGGGGAUACGGACAUGCACCUACCCUCACAUACCUAUUGAGGAGUGGAUCAAGAAUUUCCUCAGGAUUUUCUGGAAGGAAGAUGGAGUUACGUCAAUACGUGCAACGGAGUUCGUAGCAACUCUAUGGUCUAUUUGGAUUCAUCGAAAUAGCAUCAUCUUCAGGAGGGAAGAUGUGAACCCUGCUAGUAUCGUUGUAACUAAAUCAACCUUCCUUAAGGAGUUCAUUGACAGCAACAAGUUCAAGAAUCGACAUUCACACCUAUCCCCAGAUGACAGUAAAAGGACGAAUAGGUAUUUGAAUUCUCAAGAUAAUUGGGAUCAAGAAGGCUGCAUAGUCAGGGUAGAUGGAGCUUGGAAGCGCCAUUUACAGCAAUUUCCAAGAGCAGGAAUCGGAUGGUCAGCUACUAUUGAUAAUAUCAAGAUUUUCGAAGGAAACGACGUGGUUGUCUCUUUAUCACCCAUUCAAACGGAAGCUCACGCAAUUCUUCGAGGUAUGAGGGAAGCAUUCACGAAAGGUAUUAGUCGAGUUCACAUCUUCUCAGAUAGCAGCGAGAUUGUACAUGCACUUCGGAGGCGAAAAUAUCCAUUCGAAGUUGCAGCUUUAGCUCUUGAUAUACAAGCCCUAAGCCAGGCAGAGGAGGAGAUUGACUCCACUCCUACAAAUGUUGUGAAACCAAAAAAGGAGAAAAUUGAUCCUAAUAAGCCUAGAGUGCUUCUGACUGGUAAGAAACGCCCAAGUAGGCUUACCUCAUUUAUUUGGACGCACUUUUCUUUUCUUGAGGAACCUGAUAAGAAUGGUAAUUUAGUAUGCAAAUGUAAGAAAUGUGGGCAGUCUUACAAUGCUGAUAGUAAGAUGGGGACUGAGAAUUUGAUUUGUCAUGUAAAAAAUUGUAAAAUGAGAUCUUUUAGGGAUGUUGGGCAAAUGAUUCCGGAAAAAUCAUCUUCUGGUUUAGAGCAUAGGAUUGCUAAGUUUGAUCCUGAUUUCUUUCGUGAAUUAUUGAGUCUUGCUAUUGCGCAGCAUGAUCUUCCAUUUCAGUUUGUAGAGUAUGAUGGGAUUAGAAGAUUUGGAGAUGGUUUAAAGGAGAUUGAUGCUGUUGUGAUUAAGGUUAGGGAGAUUGCUAAAUAUUGUAAAGGUUCUCAAUCUACGAAAGAGAGAUUCAAAAAUUGUGUUGCUUGUGUUGAACUACAAUCGGUUAAAGGUUUGAAACAAGAUGUUCCUACGAGAUGGAAUUCCACCUAUUUGAUGCUUGAGAGUGCCUUGUAUUACAAAAAAGCAUUGAUUCAUUUUCAAAAAAUUGAUGCAAAUUAUGUUCAAUGUCCUUCCACUAAAGAGUGGGCUAGAAUGGAAAUUUUUUUAAAGUUUUUGAAGGUGUUUUAUGAAGUAACCCUUGCCUUUUCUGAAACUAAAUAUCCUACUGCCAAUCUAUAUUUUAAUAAUGCGUUUAGCAUUAGAUUGUUGCUGAAAAAUGAAAUUAGAAGUUCUGAGUCGUGUAUGCAAAAGAUGGCUAGUAUGAUGUAUGAAAAAUUUGGGAUAUAUUGGUUUGAAUUUAGCAUUUUUAUGGUUGUUGCUGUGGUGUUAGACCUACAUUUUAAGUUGCAAUGUGUUCAAUGGAGUUUUAAGAGGGUUUAUGGGGAUAUUUUUGAGUAUGAGUUUGAGUUUUCCAAGGUUAAAGAUAAGUUCAAAGACUUGUAUGAAGUUGAUGUCGUCUCUUAUGCAUCAUCGAGCAAAAAUGUGGUUGCUCAUGGACAAAGUGGGUGUGUUGGAGUUUCUUCAAGUGAUGAUUUGAUGACGGAUUUCGAUUGUUUCUCUGCCGAAAAAUCAAUUGUGGCUGCCAAAACUGACAUGGAGUUGUAUUUUGAGGAGCACAUUAUCCCUCGCACUACGAACAUCGAUAUUCUAUCGUAUUGGGAAGGGAAUAAGGUUUGUUAUCCAAUAUUAGCUCAACUUGCAAAGGAUGUACUUAUUGUCCCCAUUUCUACUGUGGCCUCCGAAUCAACUUUUACAAAAAUGGAUCCACAACUUGAGGCAUUAUGUGGAGCUGUCAUGAAGCUCAAGGUCGAAGAGGAAGUGAAUGAGGUGCCUAUAAAAUCGCCUUCCCCAAGUGUGCCAAGUGUUGACCUUGAGAGUCCUCGUCAAUCGACCUCAACAAUAUUUGUUUGA